UUUUCAAGUAUUUACCGAGGGCAGGUUUAGGAUGCUGAGGGUUUUCCAUUGAAUGGAAUUUGCAGCUGUUCUAGGUUUUAAGUCGCGUUUUUUUUACGUCUUUAGUUGUUUUGGUCGAAUCCUUGCAUCGCCCUUCUUACAAGCUCGGAGCAAGCGCGAGGCUUCGAACUGUUUGAGUUGGUUUUGCAUCCUUUCAGUGGUGGAUGGAAAAGUGUUUUAGUCAAGUGAUCAACAGUAGCUGAGAGUUAUGUUUCGUCUGUGUGUUGUUGGAAGUGGUGGAGUUGGCAAGAGCUCUUUAACCAUUCGAUACUUGAAGAAUGAGUUCACUGAGUACUAUGACCCCACAUUAGAGGAGACAUACAGAAAGGAGAUUGAAUAUAAUGGCAAGCUGUAUGAUGUGGAAAUAAUUGAUACAGCGGGACAAGAAGAGUAUAGUUCAUUCCGCGACUCGUCAGUGGCCACCGGUGAUGCAUUCCUUGUGCUGUUUGCCAUAAACUCUACAUCAAGUUGGCAUGAGCUUAAGGAUCUAAGAAGCAAAAUUAUUCAAGAUCGCCAACAGAUUUCAAGUAUUCCUAUGGUCAUAGUGGCUAAUAAAUUGGAUCUUGAGGGCGAACGAGAAGUGAAUAAAGAGGAAGUGCUGGAAUACUGCAAUUCUUCUGAUGUCAAUGUUCCUUUAAUUGAGACAUCGGCAAAGACUGGUUUGAACGUAGAGGAAUCAUUUCAGCUUAUGAUGCAGCAGAUCCAACGAAUUCAACCAGCGCUGUUAGAAAGAACUGUACCGAAAAAUCAUGGAAAACCGCCUAAACCAGAAAAAUGCGUUUUACUCUAGGAUUAGUAGAUAAAUAUAAUUAACAGUAUGAACUUUUGCAGUUUAGCAAAAAACAAAAGACUUUUGAUACUGAUCACAUUGCCGAGGAGAGCGAGCUUCCACAUUCAAGUUUCCCAGCUCAGCUUUCUUCGGGUCUUAAAAGGGUAUUGUGUACCUUGAAAGGUUUAAUACUCCUAGAAUUUUCAAUUUUAGUUUAUCGUGUUGGAGCCUUUAGUAACAAGUGAAGGUUAAUUGGGACGUUUCUGCCCUUAUUUAUGUCGCGCUAUUCAGCAAAAAAAAAAGGGCGGAAGAUCUCACGUGGUAACUUUGUACUUAGACUACGAGUAGUCCCUCUUUCGCUUAGUCCUCGUGCGUGACGCGAGAGAUGACCUCGAGAAAAAAAUGGCCGCGCGAAAUCCUGGUGGCGAGAAGCUUUUCGCGCGCUUCUUGCCCUCAGGAUUUCGCGCGUCCAUUUUUUUCGCGCGGUUUUCUUCCCGUCACGCGUGACGGACUAAGCGAAAGAGGGAUUACUCGUUGCCUACUUUGUAAUGUGAGUAGUAUGCGACCCAUUCGAGGCCAUGAUGUGAACUAUCUGGCCAUGGCUAACAUGUGGAGAAGGAAAUGUAUGAAAGACUUUCGUGGUAACUUAGUUUUGAAGUGUUGAGGUAAUUAGAUUUAUUUCUGAGAAUGGUUUCCAGGCGUUCCUUUAGUUGGGGCGUAGCGUCAAAAAGCGGCGAGCGAAAAAAGGAGAGGUUUGGCAACGCCCUUCUACCCUAUUUUUUUAUGCGCCAUGUUUCGCGCUUCGCUUAAAGUAUUUGAACGCCUGGAAGAGAUUAAUAUGACAGGAGGGGGAGGGGAGUGGAGGGGAGAGGGGGGGGUACUAUUAGGUUGAAAAGUCCACCCAAGAAUGUCAAUGUUCAUCUCAGAUCGAUAGACCAAAAAGUGUCCUUUUUCGCUAGUUUUGUUUAAAGAAAGAGAAAUUUUAAAAUAUUGUUA